AUGGGAUCGCCCUUGGAGCAAGCCCCGUAUGCGUCGAUGAUGUCGCGCGAGCUCGGAGCCGUAGUCAUCAGCGUGUCCUAUCGCAUCGGACCCUUCCACCAAUUCCCCGCCGCUAUUCACGACGCGGAAGACGUGCUGUCCGCGAUCCUAGACACGAGUGGAGUUUCGAAAGCCGGCAAGGUCCUUAGAGAGGAAAUUCAGCGAUACUACUCCAUAGUACGGGAUGGCGCACUGGAAAAGAAGAAGAAGGAACCUCUUGCAACACAUCUCGAGCACGUCAAGACCAUCACCCUCGACCCUACACGUCUCGCGAUCUCAGGCUUUUCGGCAGGAGGAAAUAUUGCCUUGAACAUGGCUAUAUCAGUACCGCCCUGUCCUGAGCUCGGCAUGUCGACUACAUUCGGUCCUCGCUCGCGCACGAAUGAGCCUGCGCAUGCAGACACCAUGUCGCCCAUCAUGCCCGAAAACCGCCGAGCCACGAUCCUAGACGAUCCCUUCGAGUCGUGGCCCUCUCUCCUUCCUCCCCCUCAAGCACAGCCCCGCAUGCUGCCGCUCCUCCUAUUCUACCCUUCGCUCGACGCACGGCUACUCCCACACGAGCGUCCCAUGAAGCCACUACCCAAUGCGCUGCGACCAGACGACCACCACAAACAGAAGCCGAAAGCACCUGGCCUAUUCUCCAUCAUGGGCCCGACCUACCUCCCGCGCAAACUACGACCGCACCCGCGAGCCAGCCCCGGCCUGAACGACCCAAUGCACAUCCAGAAGAACGCCGCCAUCCUCCUCGUCCUACCCGAAAAAGACACCCUAGCCGUGCAAAGCGACGUCUGGGUCGACAAGAUGAACAACAACGACUGGAACGGGCCUGUACGCUUCGGCGACGGGCGCUCAGGCGACUGGGACGGACGCCAAGGUGGACAAGCGGGAUCGGACAAUGUGCCCAGUAGCCAGAACGGAGGCAUGGAAGUGUGGCACGCGCCUGGGUGCAGACAUGGUUGGACGCAGUUCCCGGAUACUUUUGUGCCUCAGCAUGAGCGCAGUGAGAGGGACCUGGUGUUUGCACGGACGCUGGAUUUUGUCAGGGAUAAUUGGAAGAAGGAGUUGCAGGUUGAGAAGCGGCAGCUGGGGAAUCAGAUUCAGGAGUUGAGGAGGCUGAGUAUACCUGGUGAGGAUGUGUGA